AUGAUCACAGUUAAUGAGAACAGGCGAAACAGCAAAAUUACAGUCAUACCUGGUAAAUUUAUAUCAAUCGAAGAAGCAGAAGAGCUUGCUAAAGCUAAAAAGGCUAAGAAGGAUAUAAUAUUAACUAAACAGAUAGAGAAAAAGAAUCGUAGUUUAUCAGGACCAUCAAAAUUAACUACUGAUAAAAAGAAAAUAAAGCAUGCUGAAACUAAAAGCCUCGGAUCAAACGAUACCUACCUUGGAAGACAACUCGGCACAAUUACAUUGUUCGUGAUUGAUGCUCCAAAAUCCUGCCAGCCUUUGUAG